AUGGAACUGUCUCAACUCUAUAACUCAUCAGGGUCCGAAGAGCGGAAAAUCAACAACUGUCCUCCAAUGCAACCCUGGCUAACAUUCACCCCUCCACCUCAGCUGACCAACGUGCUCCACCCUCCACUGGACCCCUGGCUAACAUCCACUCCUCCACCUCAGCUGACCAACGUGCUCCACCCUCCACUGGACCCCUGGCUAACAUCCACUCCUCCACCUCAGCUGACCAACGUGCUCCACCCUCCACUGGACCCCUGGCUAACAUCCACUCCUCCACCUCAGCUGACCAACGUGCUCCACCCUCCACUGGACCCCUGGCUAACAUCCACUCCUCCACCUCAGCUGACCAACGUGCUCCACCCUCCACUGGACCCCUGGCUAACAUCCACUCCUCCACCUCAGCUGACCAACGUGCUCCACCCUCCACUGGACCCCUGGCUAACAUCCACUCCUCCACCUCAGCUGACCGAUGCGCUCCAUCCCCCUUUUGCUGGAGCCAUCUCAAUCCGGUCCUAUCGGCAGAGUCUGACCAGGUCUGUCCAACAGGAUGUACUGUUCUCUGUGGACAUCUCCUGCCUUGGGAUUCCCACCAUACAGUGGACCUUCAUGUCUGGCAUGGUGAGCAGGGACAUUAGUUCCUGGCAGCCAGGGGGGCUUACCAAUAUAUCAGAGGAGUACACGGACAGAGUCCACACCUAUAGCAAUGGAUCUAUGGGACUGUCAGACCUACGCGUUCAGGACGCGGGAUUCUAUGUCAUCAGAGUGAGUGAACUGUCUGGGAGCAGCAGAGACGCUGGAUUUGUCUUGACGGUGGAAGAGAUCCUGUAUGAGGACCUUCAGUACCUGUCAGUGUUUACGUUAGUGCUGGCCUUUCUGGCUGGCUUUCUCAUGCUCUCCAUGUGGCUCAUGGACAAUGCUUACCGCCGGCUGAAGGCAUGGAACGGCAGGAGGCAGAUGCCAGUGAAUGGAGAAACCGAGUUGCAAGCUCUCUGAGAUGAAGAUCUUUAAAAAUGCCAGAUCAGACUUCCUAAAAAAACAAUCUGAGAUAAAAG